GUACCUAGCAAACACAGUUGAGGAAGAUGAUGAAGAGUCAAAGUAUGAGAUAUUUCCAUGGGCCUUAGGAAAAUCGUGGAGGAAGCUCUUUCCUGACUUCUUAAAUUUAAGGGAUGAACUCUGGAGCAAGAUGGACUACAGGGCUAUUGUAAGCAGACGCUGCUGUGAGGAGGUAAUGGCUAUUGCUCCAGCACAUUAUAUAUGGCAGCGGGAACGUUCCCUGUAUCACAGUGGUGCUACAAGAAGUCAUAGCCAUGAUCAAGUGAAUCUGCCUCGAGGACCUAAUGCCACUCCUGUUAACUGUUUGCUUUGUGGGAAAAAAACAAGAUACGUAAGGCUGGGAUUAUCAUCCUCUUCCUCCAAUGGCACCCUGGAAAUAAUGGAGCAGUGCAUUCCGCAGGGAUUCCAUGGCUUUCUUUCAGCUGAUCAAAUACUUCAGCCACCUCCUCACCGUUUCUCCCGAG